AUGGCUACCUCUACCAUCCGUUCGAUCAAGUCGGUUGUCCCGCUCCUGGACCGCGUGCUGGUCCAGCGCUUCAAGCCCGAGACCAAGACGGCCUCGGGUCUCUUCCUGCCCUCGUCGAGCGCUUCGUCGCCGCUCCCGGAGGCGUCGGUGAUUGCUGCCGGCCCGGGCGCGCCUGACAAAGAAGGCAAGGUUGUGCCGGUCAGCGUGCAGCCUGGUGACAAGAUUCUCCUCCCGUCGUGGGGCGGUAACCAGAUCAAGGUCGGCGACGAGGAGUACCUCCUCAUCCGCGACUCGGAGAUCCUCGCCAAGAUCAAGGAGUAG